CCGGAGAGCGAGAUCAAAGGGAUUUGAAACAGCCUGAGGACUGGCGGGGGAGGGGGCCGGCCAGCUUGUGGAGUCCUCCUGGAGAGGCGGAGGGCUCGGUUUCUUCUGUGACUUCAGCGGCCUGGUUGGUUUUAUUAUUAUUUUCAAAUUUCCGAAUCCAGCCAAAGGGAGAGAACGAGAGAUCUCGGUAGACUGCGACUUGCUGCCUCUGGCUCCAAGAUGAUGCAGAGCGCGGCUGUCCCCGCGGAGGGGGCUGUCAAGGGGCUCCCGGAGAUGCUCGGUGUGCCGAUGCAACAGAUUCCCCAGUGUGCUGGCUGCAACCAGCACAUCCUGGAUAAGUUCAUCCUGAAGGUCCUGGACAGACACUGGCAUAGCUCCUGCCUCAAGUGCGCAGAUUGCCAGAUGCAGCUGGCCGACAGAUGCUUCUCCAGGGCUGGGAGUGUCUACUGCAAAGAAGAUUUCUUCAAACGCUUUGGCACAAAAUGCACAGCCUGCCAGCAGGGCAUCCCCCCGACCCAGGUGGUCCGCAAGGCGCAGGACUUUGUCUACCACCUGCACUGCUUUGCCUGCAUCAUCUGCAGCCGGCAGCUGGCCACGGGGGACGAGUUCUACCUCAUGGAGGAUGGGCGGCUAGUGUGCAAGGAAGACUACGAGACGGCCAAGCAAAAUGAUGACUCGGAGGCUGGGGCUAAGCGACCACGGACCACCAUCACAGCAAAGCAGCUAGAGACACUAAAGAAUGCAUACAAGAACUCCCCAAAGCCCGCCCGGCACGUGAGAGAGCAGCUCUCCUCCGAGACAGGCCUGGACAUGAGAGUGGUACAGGUUUGGUUUCAGAACAGAAGGGCCAAGGAGAAAAGGCUGAAGAAGGACGCAGGGCGCCAUCGCUGGGGUCAAUUCUACAAGAGUGUCAAAAGGAGCCGGGGAGGAAGCAAGCAGGAGAAGGAGAGCUCAGCAGAGGACUGUGGGGUUAGUGACAGUGAGCUGAGCUUCCGAGAAGAUCAAAUACUCUCAGAGCUUGGCCACACCAAUAGGAUUUAUGGCAACGUGGGGGACGUUACAGGCGGACAGUUAAUGAAUGGGAGUUUCUCCAUGGAUGGGACAGGACAAUCCUAUCAGGACUUGAGGGAUGGGAGCCCCUAUGGAAUCCCCCAGUCUCCGUCCUCCAUAUCGUCCCUCCCAUCCCAUGCUCCUUUGCUCAAUGGGCUGGAUUACACCGUGGACAGUAAUCUGGGCGUCCUUGCGCAUGCAGGGCAGGGAGUCAGCCAGACACUGAGAGCCAUGGCUGGGGGACCCACCUCUGACCUCUCGACAGGAAGCAGUGUAGGAUACCCUGAUUUCCCGACUAGUCCAGCCUCUUGGCUCGAUGAGAUGGACCAUCCUCCUUUUUAGACUUUCCUUGCUGCCCUCCUUGUCCUCCUGGCAUGAGAGAAUGUCUUCAAGGAUCAAAAGUACGCCAAUGUGAAUUUCCAUUAUUUUCAAUGGAAGUCCUCCGCCGGUUCCCAGGAGGCAGAGACCACACUAGGAUACUGCUUUCUUGGGAAGAGACAGGAGAGCAGCCUCAUCUGUUCCACAGCACAGGGGUGGACAGCCUAGAACUCUAAGGAUGCUGGCUUGUUGGCUCCCUCCCCUCCCACCCUGCUUAGAGGCUUUGGCUGCUCAGUGCUUGGACAGCACAAGGUGACCGUGACGGGCCACCUUGGCCUUUGAGAACUCUGCUCCAGCUGGUGCAUCUCACACUUGGCCUCCCAAAUCACCCCUCUCACCAGAACCAGGAUUCCUGUGGGGGAGGCACCAUGGCGCCCCCCCAUCCCGAGAAUAAUAAAAUAGUGUCUGGACCACCUUGAUUACACACUAAUUUUCAAAAUAAAAUCACUUAUUAAAGGCUAGUAAAAAUACCGAUGCCCACAGUUUGAUAUUAAAA